AUGCCAGCGAUUCACCGACAGGCCGGUGGCGGGAGGGACAGGGGAGGCGGAGAAUGGGCGGAAGGGGAAAGACGAGGGGCAGCCGCAGGUGACGGCGGAAGGGCAGUGCGCAAGCGGGGGGAAGGGGGAAGGAUUGGGGAAGGGCAAGGCCGGGGGGGCGCGAGAGUGGGGGAGUUUGUGGAGGCGGACUGGUAUGAAGCGGACUGGAAACAUGUCUUCCCCCUUUCCGCCGUCACUCCCCCCGAGCCCCCCGCCUCUGACGCGUGGCAGUGGUCCCGCUUUGGGCGGCAACUUAGCCGCCAAGACGGCCGCCCGGGCGGCAGGUCUGCGCGCAGCGAGCUGGACGGGAUGAUGGGCGGGGCGAGCGGGGGGGAAGGGGGAGCGCGCGGAGGGAUGCGCGGGAGGAGUAUAUCCCCCCGCGCCUGGCGCGGGUGCGGGGGAGAAGCGGGGGGGGGGGCAGCAGAGCGGGGGAGGGGAGGGGAGGGAGGGGCGGGAAGGGCGGGAAGGGCGAGAGGGGAGGGAGGGGCAUGUGCCGUGUUUUGGGGCGGCAGGGGGAGGGGGGGACGGGACAGAGCACAACUGGGGAGGGCGAAUCUGGGGGAGAAUCUGCCCACGCCCAAGCAGAUCCGGGCAGCUCUGGAUGAAUUUGUGAUCGGGCAGGAUAAUGCGAAAAAGGUUUUGGCAGUGGCAGUUUACAAUCACUACAAGCGCAUCUUUCUUGAAAACCAGAAGCGGGAAAGACUUGCCAACCUGCCAGAGGGGGCGUGCGAGAACCUGGUGGGGGGCGGUGAGGAGGACGAGGUGGAGGUGGAGAAGAGCAACGUGCUGCUGAUGGGUCCCACGGGUUCAGGUGGCGGUCUCAUGAGCAACGUGCUUCUCAUCUCGCUCACGCGUGUGUCUCUCUCUCACUCAACUUAUCCCACUCCCCACCUGUCAACUCACCUUAUCGGCUCCACUCCAUCCGCCCACUCCCUACCCGCUCCGCGCCUGUCCGGCCUCUGCGUCUCAUACCGCCCCUCUCAUCAACUUCACACCCAGCUGCGUCUCAUACCGCCACUCUCAUCACUUCCACACCCAGCUGCGUCUCAUACCGCCACUCUCAUCAACUUCCACACCCAGCUGCGUCUCAUACCGCCACUCUCAUCAACUUCCACACCCAGCUGCGUCUCAUACCGCCACUCUCAUCAACUUCCACACCCAGCUGCGUCUCAUACCGCCACUCUCAUCAACUUCCACACCCAGCUGCGUCUCAUACCGCCACUCUCAUCAACUUCCACACCAGCUGCGUCUCAUACCGCCACUCUCAUCAACUUCCACACCCAGCUGCGUCUCAUACCGCCACUCUCAUCAACUUCCACACCCAGCUGCGUCUCAUACCGCCACUCUCAUCAACUUCCACACCCAGCUGCGUCUCAUACCGCCACUCUCAUCAACUUCCACACCCAGCUGCGUCUCAUACCGCCACUCUCAUCAACUUCCACACCCAGCUGCGUCUCAUACCGCCACUCUCAUCAACUUCCACACCCAGCUGCGUCUCAUACCGCCACUCUCAUCAACUUCCACACUCAGCUGCGUCUCUCUGAUUCUCAGGCUGGUUAUGUGGGAGAGGACGUGGAGAUGAUUCUCUAUAAGCUGCUGCAGGCGGGGUAUGUGGGAGAGGACGUGGAGAUGAUUCUCUAUAAGCUGCUGCAGAGCGCCAAUUUCAGUGUGUCAGCAGCGCAGCAGGGCAUCGUGUAUAUCGACGAGAUCGACAAGCUUACCAAGAAGGCAGAGGGCAUCACGAGCACACGGGACGUGUCAGGGGAGGGCGUGCAGCAGGCGCUUUUGAGGAUGCUCGAGGGCGCUGUGAUCAAUGUGCCAGAGAAAACAGGGAGGAAGAAUCCAAGAGGCGAGUUCAUACAGCUGGACACACAGAACAUUCUCUUCAUCUGUGGAGGGGCAUUCGUGGAUCUGGAAAAGACGAUUGCAGAGAGGAAGCGCAAGUCAUCAAUCGGCUUCGGGGCCCCCGAAGCACAAGUCAUCCAUCGGCCUUCGGGGCCCCCAGUGCGCGCAUCGCUGCGCAACCGAUCGGUGCUUGACGCCCGCACUGCCGGCUCGCUGCUGCAAUCGGCAGAGAGCACGGAUCUGAUAGCCUAUGGGCUCAUCCCUGAGUUUGUGGGGCGAUUCCCCGUGCUGGUGGGGCUGCAUGCGCUCACAGAGGAGCAACUCGUGCAGGUUCUCUUAAAGCCCAAGAACGCCCUCAGCAAGCAAUUCGCCAAGCUAUUGGCCAUGAACAACGCCCGCUUGCACAUGACGGAGGGGGCAGUGAGGGCCAUAGCGCGCAGAGCAGCAGCGCGAAACACGGGGGCCAGGGGGCUGCGAUCGCUGCUGGAGGGGCUGCUCACCGAGGCUAUGUACGAGGUAUGGCGGACUGCCGAGGCUAUGUACGAGGUCCCCAGCAAUCUGGUGGAAGCAGUGGUGCUGGACGAGGCAUCGGUGGGGCACGAGGGGGAGGAAGGGGGAAGAGGGCAAGCCGGUGUGCAACUGUGUCCUUGA